AUGGACAAAAUCAUUCGUUUAUUGAUUAAUAUUUUAUUUAUUGCCAUUGCAUUGACAUUAUUUAUAUUAAAUAUAAUUAAAUAUGCCAAUAGUUAUCUUAAACGAGAUAAUUAUAAUAUAAUUGAAGAUAUCAAUGGAGAUUUUUAUAUUGUUAAAGGAAUCUAUACAAAUGAAACAAUAUGGAAUUCGAAUUGUUCGUCUAAAUAUUCAAAAUCAUAUGCUGAAAAUAUUUUUCAAUGGUUUAUUGCAUCAAAAACAAGUCAAAAUCAAGCAUUUCAUGUAUUUUAUUGGUUUAUGAUUAUAAUUUCAUUAAUUAUUUCAAUUACUCCAUCAAGUAUAUAUGUAGGAAAAUAUUUAAAAUCAGAUAAUUACAAUAUUACUGAACGAUAUUGUUUAAUGAGUAUUAUUCUUUUUAUUCGAACAUUUUUUAGUAUAACAAUAUUUGUUUUUCCAAGUUAUUAUAUGUAUACAUUUGAUUUUACUAGUGAAUUAUGUUUAGAUGAAUAUCCAACAAAAUUUUCAAUAGAUAUAUUACCAUUUAUAUUUGUUACUUUUAUUUGUUUAAUUAUUUAUUAUUUAUUUUAUUUAAUUGUUAGUUCAUUUUAUGAUAAACAUAAAUUUUGUUGUCCAAUGGAAUGUUUAUCAUAUGGUGGUUUAUGUAUGUUAGGUUUAUUAAUUAUUGGUAUUAUUCUUUUUUCAGCAGUAAUCAUUGCUUAUAUUUUUGUUGUUUCAUUUAUUGAAAAACCUCUUCGAUUAGCAGUUAUUCUUAUUAUUGUUCAAUUUCCUUUUCUUAUUCUACAACUUUUAGCUGAUUGA